GGCAGCGGCGGGGCGGCAUGGCGGUCACGGCGUUGGGCGUGGGGCCCGGCGUGCUGGUGCUGCAGGCGAUCUGGGGCUCGGCGCUGCUGCUCUGCCUGGCGCUCUCCCGUGCGGCCGGCCGGGCCCGGUUCGCCGCGGCGCUGGUGGCGCUGGGAGCCGCCGGCCUCAGCGCUGCGCUGCUGCUCUUCCCCCGGGAGGACGAGCGGCCGGCCGCAGCCGCCACCGAGGAGAUUGUGGACACCUUGCUUAUUGGCCGCUUCAUCCUCCUGGCCCUGAUGAGCCUGGUCUUAGUUGGGUGCCUGUUCCUGCUCCUGAUUUACCACCUCAUGGACCCAGUGUACGCCAAACCACUUCACAGCAGGUAGUGGCAGCUGGAGGCAGCGAUCCCCGUGAAGAGGAAAUCCCAAUUUCAUGGCAAUAAACCAGGAAGGGAGACCAGGAGACUGUUCUGGAGGUGAAUGUGUCGAUUUUUCCGAGCUCAGAAGGAGCUGGCAAAGCAAGUGAAGUGUGUCGCUUGCGCCCAGCGCAGUGUCUUUCAUCUUUAAAAGCAAAGUUUGGACUGAGCGUGAGUGCCUUCCUCUCCAGGGGUGUUCAAGCCUCUGCAGACUGCAGAGGUGUUUUAACCUCUCUCUUCUCUUUUACAGGAGAGUUGAAAUCCAAGCACUUUGUACUACACUUGAUUCAGUGAAUUGAACUGAACUGGUUUGUUAUAGUUAUCCACAAGAGAUGGCUUGUUACUGUUUCUUUUUCCCCUUAGUUUAAUAAAACUCUAAGAGAAA